UUAUAUGAAUUUACAUGAUAGAGAAUUAGAUGAUUGGGAACAUAGGUACUUUGGUGAAAAUUUAGAAAGACUGGUGGAUAUCAAGCGACAGUAUGAUCCUAAUAAUUUAUUCCAUUGGAAUCAAA